AUGGAUUUGACACCCUUAACUAGUAGAGAAGCAGUUGACCAAAAAAGACUCAAAGUAUCAAAAAUAUUAUUUGGUGCGGCUGUUUUCAGUGGUUGGCAUAAUACUAUUGAAAAGGAAUGGCCAUUACAAGCUGUUGGACGUUAUGGAUCAAAUAAAGAAGAUUUUGAUUAUUCACCUAAACGUGUGAGAAAAAGUGUGGAAGAAAGUUGUAAUAAAUUGGAUACUAAUUAUCUAGAUGUUGUAUAUUGUCAUGAUGUAGAAUUUGUUAAUGAAAGUGAUGUGAAGAAUGCAUUAAUGGAAUUAUUUGAAUUGAAGCCUCUUGAUAUAAUUCUCAGUUACUCUCAUCUAUGCCUUCAUAAUACACGUCUUGCUUCAUAUUUCAAUAAAUUUCGUAGUCUUGAUGUUAGUUAUAUAAUUAAUGCAUCACCUUUAAGUAUGGGAUUACUACGUGAAAAAUCACCUCCAGACUGGCAUCCCGCACCUUUAGAAUUACGUGAAGCAGUUAAUAAAGUUGCGAAAUUAGCGAAAGAUAAUGGAUUAAAUAUAUCCGAAUUAGCUAUCCAAUUUUCAUUUGGAUUUGAAAAAGAUUUGACAAGUACGGUGAUUGGAUUUUCAAAUGCUAAAGAAGUUGAAGAAAGUGUUAGAUGUUGGAAUAAAUUGAGAAAGAAAACUUGCUUUAGUAAUGAAAAGGAAAAAAAGGUUUUAAAUGAGAUUAAGAAAAUUAUGGAGCCAUGGAUUAAUUGGAGUGAUGUUAUAUUUGUAGUUGUAGUAAGUGAUGUUGAUGAUGAUGGUAGUGGUGGUGGUAAUGGUAAAGUUAUUUGUGAUGGUAAAGGUCUUUGUGAUGUCAUUGUUACAAUUGUUGUUGGAGGCGUUGUCGGUGUCGGUAGUUGUGAUGGUGGAUGUUGUGUUAAAGAUAUUUGUCUCCCUGUCCCAUUAUAUCUAACAACUGGUAACAUUGUUGUCGAUUUUGAUGUUAAUGAAUUAGUUAAUUUAAAUUCAUCAUCAAUAUUUAAAGAAGGUAACACGAGAGUUGCUGUAUCCGUAAUAUGA